UGAGAACGCCUGUACAAUUUUUACUGUUUUCAGUCGUCAUGUUUGGACAGACUAAUUUUCGAAAAUUUGUCAAAGCUGCGAUAGUUGGGGAAGUGGUUCUCUGUUUGGGAGCAUACAGAGUUUGGCAUCAGAUGAACACUAGCAGAGGUACGGGUAAUGCUUGUAACAUCUUAAAAGCGUUGGUCAACACACAAAACUCUGAGAAGUUGUGGCAGUCGUCCCUCAUGGCCGGCCGCAGUACUCACUUACUGGUUGAUUAUGAAAAUUGAUGAAUUUUGUAGCGAGCCCAUGCUACGGAGAAAACGAAAUGCUACCUUUUCUCACGAAAAACCUUUUAUCCCAACGAAAUCCACAAUGCACCAGUCAUUUGAAACCCUUGCCCACCACCCUACCCCCCCCCACACACACACACACACCUCCCUUCUCGCUGGUGAACCCUUCUUGACUUUAUAUGUCCCCACACACAGUACUUCAUAUGUCAACUAGCGGCUAUUGUGAUAUAUGUAAAACCCCCAAUGAAGGUUUCAAAUGAGUCAGUGAGCCACCUUAACCCUAACCCUAGCCUGAGUCAUACCACUUAGAAAACAAGGUUUCUCAGUCAGGUUCCAUUCAUCUUCUCCUUACUGCACUUUUCAAAAACAUGCAAACUCUGAAGCUCACAAUUACGUUUUUUGCUUCCGUCAAUCAUACAAUGUAAUUAUGAUCACAAGCAACAAACUUUGAAACACAGAAACACACAAAAUGGAUCAAAAUCCACCAAUCUCAAAUCACAAACCAUGACCUAUUGAACCCGUUUAAGUAAACUUUUGUUUCCUAAGGGGUCCACUAAGGUGAUCAACAGUAGUGAAAAUAGCAUUAAACGUCAGCUGGCGUUUGAACUUCAGAAUUUGCAUGUCUAUGAAAAGCACAGUAAACCAGAUUUACUUUUCUCUUCGUACCUCAGAUGCUGCAUCUUUACAUCAGGUGGCUCAUCCCUCCCUCCCUCCCUUCUCCCUGUUUAUGUCAUAGACCCAUCUCUGAUUAGCCUUUUGAUAUUCCUUUUAUGGUGUAGAGAUCCUGAUAACUUGUUUUGUUUUGCAUGUUACAGAUUAUAGAAAGUGGAUGAAUGAAAAUUAUCCAUCCAUACUAGAAGGUAAAUAUGGGGAGUCCACCUAUAAAAAAGAAUGACUACAGAGUCUAGCACCAUCAACGGGUGUUUGGUAGAUUUGGUGAGCAUUAUGGUUUAUCAGUCCUCAUCAAACUCAACUAAGUAACAUACAGCGUGGUCUUGGUUGCCUUGGUUCAUGGUCUUGGUUCAGAGUCAUAUCCACUCUGUGUCUUGGGUAUGACCCAAGUUGUUGGAGAGGUUCAUUUGACUUUUUGGCUACCUCACUGAAUAUCCUUUAUCAUAAGAGCUAGGAAAAGAUUAAUGUUGUUCUCCUCACACACCACUCACUGUGAUGUGUAAUCUUUCAUUUUUCUAUUUUUUCUUUUCAGCCUUUUACAAAACAGCAGAGAUAGGUGGUUACACUGGAGCACGUGAGGCUGAUGCAGAGGCCUGGGCCAAAUAAACACCAAGUUGCGUGACUCUGGAGAUGAGAAAACUGUUCACUCACCACCUGCCAGCAGCAUCUAUGUUUUAUCAAAUAUAGAAGAGUUUCGUUGUAGGAGGAGUGAGUGAAAACUGAAACUGCAAAAACACUCAGUACCUAACCAGUACUAAAUUGCAAACAGUCCCUUUUCGGUCACUCACGUCAAGGCUUAGCAGAACUGGAGACAGAGCACACUUGUGUCUUGUUCACUCACUUGUAGAAUGCAUGUAUAAUAAUCA